GAUAGUGUCCUCCUCGAUACCGUUCGUUCUCGGUGUCACUGGAUGGGACCAAAUUUGUCAUCGGAUACGAAGUUAGCGCUCCCGGUUUUCGCCUGAAAACCGUCCCUUCACUUUGCAGUUCACACCACUGAUAUAUCGAACCGAAGUGACGCGACGCGACGCCAAGAACAGAAGAGCAAAGAGCCAAAAAAGAAAAAGAAAAAAGAAAGACACGACGGGAGAUAAAAAACGACUCUGCUCCUGCUCCUGCUCCUGCUCCUGGCUGGGGCUGCUGCCUUCCCUGAACACGCGGCGAAGCGAACUCUCACGGCUCCGACACCAUUUCCCACCUCGUCUUCUCUCUCUCUCUCUCCGUGUCUGUCUUCGUCUCUGUUUCUGCCUCAAUUCGCUGCAUAAAUAUGCAGGGCGCGCGCAGAACGUAAGGCACCAAAAGAUCCGAUUUUUAAUAAUCCAAAAGGUCUUGAAAAGUCCCCCACCUUUCUUCCCCUCAUCCGUUUCUCCUAGAUUCCCCUUAAUUCAUCUCUCUCUCUCUCUCUCUCUCUCUCUCUCUGUGCUUAGUCAGCAUCGAGCGUUUCUCACUUCGCCUCGUUGCUUUGCCCUGCUUCCGCACCAUUAACUGAUCCGGGCGUUUGAGGAAUUCGCGCACACCUGUUGUUAUUCUCCCCAUUACGUGACGCCUCGUUGCUGCUGCCGCUGCUUCUUGCGGAGGCUCUGUAUUUAUAGGAUUCGUGGGUUUCUCUCUUCUUCCUGCCUGGCCUUCGACAUUCUGUGUACACAUGAGGAGCGCCCCUCGCUGAUCCUCUCGGUCCUCUUGAUUUCCGAUAUCGUCCCUCUCUCGGGUUUCCUUUUUUCUCGUCGCCUUCCCCUGUUUUGGAAAUCUGCAUGACUUUCCACGCUUCUGCAAAUAUGGAAAUUAUCCUUCGGCUUUAAUUUCUUGCUUCUUGAGGCGCCCUGCCCUUUUCGAGGGGGACGAGCGCGGUUGGUGAAAGAGGUCGUCAUGUGGGUUUUCGCCGAAGUCGCCAGUUCCGCUGAUUCUCUCCCCACCUGCUUUCGCCCUUCUUGCAUUCCGUCGGAGUGAUCGCCUUGGGAGCGUUCGAGAGGUACGUCGAUUUCGGGGAAGCGGCUGCGAUGGCGUUUUCAAGAUGUCGUAACCCACCUAAUCUGCAAUGCUUUCUCGACUCCGUCACUCCAGUCGUUCCUUCAAGAACUGCUUCUAAGAGCCACAUUCAUGAUAUCAACCAUCUAUGGCAACCUGCUGGUAAGGAAAUGAUCAAAUACUUUGAACUGAAAGAUCUUUGGCAUAGCUAUGAAGAAUGGAGUGCAUUUGGUGUCAGUACUAAAGUCGUGUUAAGUGAUGGAGAGACGGUUAAGCAAUAUUAUGUGCCCUAUCUAUCGGCAAUCCAAAUCUACACUAAUCAGACCAUUGUUUGUAACAGGAACAAAGCAGAGGGAAAUGUUGCGGUGGAAUUCGAAAGUGACUCUUGGAGUGAUGAUACCGGGAGCGAUAAGCUAUCAAGGUCCUUAAGCAACGAUUCAAGCAAGGCUUGGGAUAGCAUCUCGGAAGAUUCGAGCUCAGACCAGCCAGUUUCAUGGUCAAUGAGGAAUAAGCUUGGCUCCAUUUACUUGGAGUACUUUGAGGCAUGUUCUCCUAACUGGAGAAUUCCUCUGUCGAAUAAGAUGACCGAAUUAACAAAAGAUCAUCAGGCACUGACAACUCUUAGAAGCAUGGAUAUAUCUCCAGCCAGCUGGAUGGCUGUCGCUUGGUAUCCAAUUUACCAUAUUCCAAACAGCAGCAACGAUAAGGACUUGCUGACUUGCUUCCUGACUUAUCACACAUUGUCGUCAUCAUUCCUAGAUAGUGCUGAUGAUGUUUAUGAGGACGACCAAUGCCAUCCUCUUUACAUGGACAGUAAACUGAAGAGGGUUGGUUCUGACAAGAUUCGGCUUAGUCCAUUUGGGUUGGCUGCAUACAAGAUGCGAGGUGACCUCUGGGUGAAACCGGAGACAUUCGAGCAUCUCAAGUUCACCCAGCUCCAUGACGCGGCUCAUUCCUGGGCGAAGCAGCUCAACGUCUACCAUCACGACUUGAACUUCUUCAGCCGCGACUCUAUUGUAUAAACCUGUUCUGUGAAGUAGCUUUUUUUGGGACUGGCUUUCUUCCUUUCUUGUCACAUAUAGCACUCCGGCAUCUCCCCCACCUAAUUCCGCGACUUAGAGGAUGCAGCAGAGAGCCGCAGUUUUGGUCGCACCGUGAAAUGGAGCAAACGGUUUGAUGCUCUUUUGCUAUCCAUUGCUAUCCAUCUGAUGGCUUUGGUUUAGGAAGUUUUUGAUGGAGAGGAGCUAGCUGUGGACACUGAGUUUGUCUAAUGUUCAUGUACCAGGGAAUUUAGGUGACUGUACUUUUGGUGGUGAUCUCUUUGCAGAAUUUUUUUUUUCGCUUUCUUUUUUCUUUUUCUGCUUCGUUGUUGAUGCGAAGCGCGGCCAUGUACAUUGGAACCUGAGGAUCAGUUGCAGAUGAUGCUCUAUGUGCAAGGGUUUUGCUGUAAUUGAAAAGGGUCUCUCUUUGAUCUC